UAAUUUGGAUUUAUUUUAUUUAGGACUAUGCUCUCGUAAUUUUUGUCUAGUUCGUAAAAUAUAUAAAUAAGCGGAAUGGAUUAAGAAAUUGCCGCAUGAAAACGAUACAAAAUGUCGGAUACAAUUUCCAUUAAGAUAGAACCUAUCGAUUUCGAGACCGAUGAGCCCGUCGCUAACGAAAAAGAUCCGGAAUUCAUAAAUAUUAAAACAGAAUUAAACGAAACAGAGAAAGAUAAUGCGGCCAAAGAGUCAAUAGUACACUUGGAAACUGUUGUGAAGGCAGAGACGGUCGGUUUAUGCGUUGUCAAAGCAGAGCCUGAGGAAAAUGAUUUCAUAAUACCUGACGUCGGGGCCCCACAGGGCCCCAUCACAUCUGUCGAUGGAGUUUCUGAAGAAGAUCUAAGCUUAAACGCGGUAGAGAGGGGCAAAUACCAAUGUCCGAUGUGUAGCCGAAGAUUUACAUUCAAAGCGCAUUUGAAGCACCAUUUAAUAUUGCACAGUCGGCAGAAAUUGGAGUGCCACAUCUGCUUAUUGCGAUUGAAUAACCUGGAAGAUUACGAAGGCCACUUGGUGGACCACGCUCAGGAGAGGAAGUACGCGUGCCCCGAGUGCGGAAAGAGAUUCAAGAGCACAUCGAAUCUGCAGCAGCACAGGAAAAUACACCUCGUAGUUAAGCCGUUCCACUGUGAGAAGUGCCAGAAACAGUUCCCGGUUCGCGCCCACCUGCUGAAGCACCAAAGGGCGGGGGGUAGGUGCAAAAUACCGACGGACGAACCGCUGCAAUGCAACGUCUGCAACAAGACCUUCCAAAAGGUGUUCCUCCUCAAGAGCCACCUGCGGAAGCACACCAACGAGAGACCCUACCAAUGCGACAUGUGCAAAAUGUUCUUCAAGUAUAAAUCGGCGCUGGUGCGCCACAUUCAGAUACACAACAACGACCGGCCGUUCUCCUGCGUGUUUUGCAACAAGACGUUCACGAACGCGGGGCUGCUGAAGCCCCACAUGCGGAAGCACACCGGCGAGAAACCCUACCCCUGUCCGGUUUGCAGCAAGAACUUCGGACACAAGCACAACAUGCUGCGACACCUGACGAGGCACGAGAAAAAGAAGAAUCUCGAAUGCAAGAUCUGCAACAAGGUGUUUCCGAAAGAGAGUCGAUUGAUCUACCACAUGCGAUCACACACGAACAGCAAACCGUUUGGAUGCGAUGUCUGUAACAAAAAGUUCUCCCAUAAGCAGAAUAUAAUGCGACACUACGAAAAGAAGCAUCCGAAUGUCAGCUACGUGAUCAAAAUAACGGACGCCAGUGUCGCCAGGACGGUGUGGGAGAAGGUACAGAAGAAGUUGAUGGCUGAAGGAAACGAAUGAAGUUGCCAAGUUAUGGCGAUGAGGAUGAUUUAAAGAUACUGAAUGAGUGUUGUUAUCUCAUGUUGAACGAAAGGGAUGGGUGUGCUGAUGUGUGUGUUAGGUGACGUGUCUCGCUUUUUAGAUGACGUUAAAUCACUAUGUGCGUAAAUUUGGAUGUUUGUAACUCAAUUAGUCAAGAACUGAAGUGAUGUUAUUGGAAUUUGGUUGGUGGUUAAGUUUUAAAGGAAGAAAUAGUAGAUUGUCCAAUAUACAGUUACAAAUCUAGUUCUUUACUAAUUAUAGGGACCUACUGGGCUGAUUUGGAUGAAAUUUGGCACAGAGAUAGUUAAAACCCGAGAAAAGACAGAAUAGUUUUUAUUCCGGAAAUCCCCCGGGAACGGGAAGUAAACGGGGUAAAGCCCUGUGAUUGCCUCUUUUCCUUUAUUUCGCGGACAGAGCAAGCGGUAAGCUAGUUUACAAUAUAAAUAAAUAAUGUAAUCCGUUAAGUGUAAAUUACCCUCGCAAUAAAAAAUAAAAUAAAAUGACGUAUUCCAGUCUAUAAGCUACAUUUAUAGCAAAUUACAUUAACAUCGAUUCAGUCGUUCUUGAGUUGCCAAUAUGCCGUAUAGCCGUGCAAUGUAAAAAUGAAUUAUUGAUAUAUAUGAGGGUAGAUGUAAAACAGUUGGUUUAUGUGGUUUGUGAUAAUCAAUUAUUAAUACCUUUUGUAGCUUAUUGCGAAAUUUAUUAUUGUUUUUUGUUUAUUCCCUCGGAUAUGUGAUUAUUAUAUGAGAGUCAU